UCGCGAGAGUUCUGAUCAGUGGUUGUCAAGGCAGCAAACCCAAACUUUCGGACUUCUCUGCUGUCCGUCAACUUUUAUGUACAUUUCUAUUUUUUAAGUAGUCGAGUUAUUUAAAACAUAUUGGUUUUUGCCGUCAUUGUUUGGUUGUAUGAUGAGUCUGAACAGCGCUUACUACGAGACUCUUGAAAUUAACAGGACGGCAUCUGACGCAGAAAUCAAAAAAGCGUAUCGUCGUCUGGCUGUGAAGUUUCAUCCGCGGAGAAACGCUCAACCUGGAAGUGCAGAGAAGUUCUCUCAGCUGGGUGAAGCCUAUGAUGUCCUGAGCGACCCUCUGAAGAAGGCGAUCUAUGAUAAAUUUGGUGAGGACGGUUUGAAAGGUGGCAUUCCACCUGAGUUUGGCAGUGAUGGGGCUUGGUCAUCCAAAUACACCUACCAUGGAAAUCCAGACAAAACAUUUCAACAGUUUUUUGGAGGUGACAACCCCUUUGCCGAUUUUUUCACCAACGACACACCACUUCAGUUUGGGGUGCUGCGACCACAAUUGGAGAAGACGCAGGACCCCCCAAUAGAGAGAGAACUCUAUUUGAGCCUUCAGGAUCUGUUCUUGGGAUCCACCAAAAAAAUCAAGAUAUCUCGCAGGGUUCUGAAUAACGAUGGACACACUUCCUGUGUUAAAGACAAGAUUCUGACUGUAGACGUGAAGCCUGGAUGGAGCGAAGGCACACGGGUUAUUUUCCCUAAAGAGGGAGAUCAGGGACCGGACCGGACUCCAGCAGAUGUAGUGCUAAUAGUGCGACAGAAAAGUCACCCUCUGUUUAUUAGACAACACAAUGACCUGAUCUACAAGGUCAAAAUCUCUCUGAUGAAUGCUCUGACCGGCUUCUCUCUAGACAUCCCGACACUAGAUGGCAGGCUACUCAGCAUUCCUAUCAAUGACAUUGUGCAUCCUGCAUACAGCAAGGUGGUGACAGGAGAAGGAAUGCCACUAUCCCAGGAUCCUUCCCAGAGAGGAGACCUCAUCAUCACCUUUGACCUCCAGUUUCCAGAGAAGCUCUCCUCUGACAGCAAGGGCCUGAUCAAGCACGCUCUGAGCUCUGGCUAUGAAGUUUAGAUUCCAAGAUACAGACUAACACCCCAUCAUGGCUCGUUUCAGCUGCUCGUACGUCACAAACAUCACUACGUUCCAGGAGCCCAGGCGGAGGAAUGAUGGCAUGAACCUUUCAAGAGCAAGAACACAAACAACAUGAUUGUCUUCUUUACUUUGUAUACAUUUUUCAUUCUUAAUAAACAUUGGGCUGAAACACAA